AUGUUCCAGGCCGCAGGAGCCGCCCCGGCCACCCCCUCUCAUGAAGCCAAAGGCAGCGGCGGCGGCCCCAGCACUGUCCAGCGCUCCAAGUCCUUCAGCCUGCGGGCCCAGGUGAAAGAGACCUGUGCUUCCUGCCAGAAGACCGUGUACCCCAUGGAGAGGCUGGUGGCGGACAAGCUCAUUUUCCACAAUUCCUGCUUCUGCUGCAAGCACUGCCACUCCAAGCUGAGCCUGGGCAAUUACGCGGCACUGCAUGGAGAGUUUUACUGCAAACCCCACUUUCAGCAGCUGUUUAAGAGCAAAGGCAACUACGACGAGGGCUUCGGCCGGAAGCAGCACAAGGAGCUCUGGGCCCACAAGGAGGUGGACCCCAGCACCAAGACAGCCUAA